AUGGCCGACCUUUUUUUGGUUUUACACUGGUAUCCCAAAAAAAAUCAUAAAGGCUCGAAUUGGGGCAAGGGGCUGACCGGCGGUGCCGAGGUCGGCAGGUACCCCGAGCCGUUCACACGAUCCUUCGGACGGCCCGAUACGCCGUGGACAACAAGAGCCACGGCCCGCUCCAGUCUCGCGCUCUCGUCGCUCCGACUCACAAUGGAGAAAGCGAUGCGCCAGACGCGAGCGGUGCAUUGGGGCAUCAUCGCGUGCACCAAUUUCGCGGGCGGUGACGCAACGCGCUUUUUUCUGAGCGCGAUCCGCGCGUCGGUUACGUCUAUCGGGUGGAAAGUGCGCGGGAAAGUGUGCGCGCGGCGCACGGGCGAACUGUGUCACGGCGAUGUUUGUUUUAGUUCGGCAAGAAAGGAACACGCUAGCGCGGAGUUCUCGUUCGGUGAAACGUGCGCCGAGAGAAAAGUAAAAGUCGCGCGGCGAGCCAGC